AUGUCGUCCAGCUCCGACUCGACCCAGCCUGCCCAGUAUCGAGCUGUUGGCGUCGUUCUGGCCAUAGGCUCCGGGCUACUCAUCGGCUCUUCAUUUGUCUUCAAGAAGAAGGGUCUGCUGAGUGCACAGAAAGGCCAUGUCGCGGGGGAAGGCGUGGGGUACCUGAAAUCGCCUAUGUGGUGGACUGGCAUGAUCAUUAUGAUCCUUGGGGAGCUCUGCAACUUCGGCGCGUACGCCUUUGUCGAGGCCAUCAUCGUUACUCCAAUGGGCGCGCUCUCCGUCGUGAUUUCUUCCAUUCUAUCACACUUCCUACUGAAGGAGAAGCUCUCCUUAUUCGGCUGGAUCUCGUCUGUCCAAUGCCUUCUUGGGGCGUCGAUCCUCGCUUUGAACGGCCCCGAAGAACAGAGCGUAUCGACGAUCGAAGGCUUCAAGCAUCUCUUCCUUGCCCCCUGGUUCCUCGCCUACGGCAGCGUCGUACUCGUCGCAGCUGGGGUACUAGCUUUCUGGGCCGCACCGAAAUGGGGGAAGCAGAGCAUGUUGCCAUAUAUUGGCGUAUGCAGUCUCAUUGGCGGGUUGAGUGUGAGCUGCACCCAAGGCCUAGGCGCAUCUAUCGUGACGUCCAUUCGAGGCGAUAACCAGUUUAAAAAUUGGUUCAUCUAUUUCCUACUGGUCUUCGUGGUCAUAACCCUUCUAACGGAAAUAUACUAUCUCAAUAUUGCCCUGGCAAUGUUCAACACAGUUCACACAGUUACCCCCACAUACUACGUGACUUUCACUUUCUGCACGCUAGUGACAUCUGUGAUCCUCUACCAAGGCCUCAAGGCAAGCGCUUCGCAGAUCAUCACUGUCGUCCUUGCCUUCGCAGUCAUUUGCACGGGAAUAGUCAUUCUGCAGAUGACCAAGGUCGACCCGCGCACUCUGACCAACGUCGACGAGAGGACGACGCUCCUUCUCGAAGCCGCUCGGCAAGAAGUCGACCCCAUCGCGGCCCAAGCAGUGGACCUCGCCCCAUCGGGCACGCUGCGCUCCCGUCGUUCCCGCCAACGCUCCCGCCGCACCCAUUCACACGCAGGCACCGUCGAAGCAGGCACGGACGCAGACUCCGCCGCGGCACGCUCAACCGACGACCUCGAAGCAGGCCUCCGCCCAGACGAGGAGUCCGACCUCGAUCAGGACUUCGCGGACGAGAAGCGCGCCAUCGUCGCGCGGACGGAGGAGCCGGGCAUCGACUCGCUGCGCAUGACUGGCGGCGCCAUCGGGACGAUCAUCCGCGCACGGCGGCGUGCGACUGCGCUGUCGGCCGCCAGCGCGACGCGUAGCCGGACCUCGCAGCUGAGCUCGGUCGCGGAGACCGGGAGCAUGCACAGCGCCCGUGCCAGUGCCAGCACCCGGCGUGCCAGCCCUCGCGGGGACUCGCGCUCGCCCGCCCCAGGCACGCGCCCGAGCUGGUUCAAGGCGUUCAUGGCGCGGAGGGCCGCGACCGCCGACUCAGACAUUCACGCGCCCACGUCCAACGGUGCUGAGAUGUCGGAGAAGGCGCAGGUGGCCGUCUCGACCGCUGAGGUGCCAGUGUCUGGCCUCCCACCUAUCACCUCGGAAAGCCCGCUCAGCAGCCUGACGGACUCGGCGCAGCAGGCGCGGUUCUUGAGCAGCGCAGAGCUCGUCUCGUCGCCGCUGGUCACGCCGUCAUCUGCGGAGGCGCCGCGAUUGUCGACCGUGCGCUUCCAGCCCGACAUGCGCUCGGCCGCGUCGGUGCCCGACGUUCGCCCGCACGCGCCUGGCCUUCCUCCUCCUCCGUCGAGGCCGUCUCUCACUGUCAGCGGCGACGAUGCGGCCGCGCGCGCGCGGACCUUGCCUCUCGCGUUCACGCCGGCGGAGCGUGUCCGUGCAGAUGACGUCCUGCGCGAGAAACCCGCCACGCCAUAA